AUGGAGACAACAAAAGAAGAAACCAGGACCACGGCUCUUGUCAUACCGUACAACAUUUUGGUGGAACAGGCGCUGGCAGCUGAGUUCGCUGAAGUUUGUCGAGCUCCUGUAGAAGGGAUAUUUGUCUGCCCUAGUGCCAGAAAUAGAUUUGCCUGGUUUGGAGUCAUAUUCGUACGGAAAGGUAUAUUCGGAGGUGGUAUUUUCCGAUUCACAAUUGAAAUUCCUUCGGACUUCCCAGCUUCGAUAUGUCUUCCGAGAGUGGUAUUCUCGCAAUCGAUUUUUCAUCCAUUAAUAUGUUCAAAAAACAAGGAGUUAUCAUUGGCUCGUUCCUUUCCAGAUGGUUGGAAAAGGGAAAAACACAGUUUAAAAAGAGUUUUAGUAGUGAUACAGAGAUCAUUUUACUCCUACGACGUUGAUAGCGACAAAUGCAUUAAUUCGGAAGCUUCCGUACUUUAUAAAGAGCACCGUGAUAAGUUUCAAGAAAUUGCAAAAGAAUGUGUGGAGUCAAGUCGAUCAAUGGUUUAUGAUGACGUAAAAGAACAGGAAAACGAUCCAAACGGAAUAAGACUUCUUCCCUGGGACGCCUUAGUUCACAAGACCGCUCGAAAAAAAAUGAUUCAAACUGGUGACAGCUCAAAAACACAAGAAACAGCUGCAGAUUUCCGCAGAGAGCAUAUCUUCUCAAAAUUAGGUUAUGAAAUAAGUGAAAUUGUUGGAAGGAGCUAUCCGCAGAGCUAUUCAUGGUUCGAUCCAGCUGAGAUGACUGUGAUAACAAGAUAUGAUGAUGUACAAGUUAGUGAGGUCUCUCCUGUCACUAGUGCCAGACUGGAACGUGAGAAACAUGGGAUUGAGCCUCUAGAUCUUAGUGUCAUGUCUAUUGAGGAUUCUUCAAGAAAAUAA